CUUUUUGAGUGGAGGUCAGUUUGGCCUCCCAUGUUUCACAAACAUAUUUACAAUUGUUGGCUAAUAUGUAGACUAUCUGGAGGCUAAUAUUUAAUUUAUCAGGAAGUCUUGGGAGAAAAUCAUACUUGCGGUAAUCACAUACCUAAGGCAAAGUCAGGGUUGUGUAUAAAGGCAAAUACAUUUCACAGCUUUCUCACAACAUCUCAGUAUCACAUCACACACUGUAAAAGGGGGUCAGCAGGGCUUACAGGACUUAGGACUUAAGGAAUAUUUGCGUCUCUACAGUUGUUAGCCUCAACAUCCAUCUCCACCUUCAUCAUGAACAUCAGAAGGCUUGUGUGCUAUGUGGUUUUCUCGCUGGCUCAGAUGACCACCAUGGUGCCAAAAACAGCCGCACCUACAGCAACAAUUCUACCCAUAACAGCUGCCAUGGAGAUCACUAUGAAUGUCCCUGUGACAACCACCACGGAAACACCAACAAGAACACCCACUACAGUUGAACCCACAACAGCAACACCGAAGGUAGCCACUACAGGUGUACCUAUCACAACUGAAAUUAACCCAACUACUGAAGCUGCAUCUCAAACAACAACAGUCAUGCCAACCACCACACCUAUAUCAACAACAACCAUGGCAAAUACUACACCUGUAAAAACAGUAAGAACCACAACAGCCCCACAUGUUGAGCCCAUAACAUCAACAAUCAAUGUAGGUGCACCUACGACAAUACACACCAUGUUAACCUCUAUGGCUGAAGCUACAAGGACAAGCAUGGCAAACACACCGCCUGUGACAACAACAAAAGUAGCAAUUACGAAAUGUGUAUGCACAAAAAUAACAAUCAUUGUAAUAGAUGCACAUACAACAACAAAAACCUCUCCAACUACCAUGUCAAUGACCACGCUCACACCUAUGUCUACAACAACAACCAUCGCAAAUACCAAGCCUACCACAACAAGAGUCACAGAAUCUACCACAAUUGAACCACCAGUAAGUAAAACCAAGGUAACCAUCCUAAGUACAACAGCAUCAAUAACACUCAACCUGACCCCUGCUGCAUCUCAAACUGCCGCAACCAUGCCAACAACCACACCUAAUAUUCCAUCAACAACCAUGAAAAACAUUCUAUGCACCACAACAACUUCCACUGUUGAACCCAGAGAAACAACAACUAGAGAAACCAUCUCAGGUGAACCUACAACAAUCAAGGUAACGACAACAGGUGCACAUAUGACAACCAAAACCAAACCAACCACUGUGCUUGAACCGGCAAUGGCUACUGACACAACAAAAUCUGCAUCAACAACAACCUUGGCAAACACAAAAGCUUCUACAACAACUAAAACAACAACCAUGGAAACCAGCACAAGUGCAUCUACGGAAACAAAAACCACCACAGUCACCUUGGAAACCACAGGAACAACAAUGGCAAACACCAUGCCUGUCACAACCACAGAUGUUAAACCUAGAACAGCCCUAACAACCACCACAGUUGAACCCACGGUAAUAACAGCCAACGUAACCACUACAGGUGAACCUACAGCAACAAACAAUACUGUGACCACUGUAGUUGCAUCUCCAACAACAACAACAACAAACAUGCCAGUCACCACAGCCAACCCAAUGUCAGCAACUGCCAUGGUUAAAACCACACCUGAGUCAACAAGAACCACAGCAGCCAGUACAGUUGAAUCCAGAACCACAACAGGCAAGGUAACUACCACAAGUGCAGCUACAGCAACAACCAUGGCAAGUACUACAACUGGGGAAACUGCAAGAACCAUCACAACUUCCACUGUUGAACCCACAGAAACAAUAACUAGAGGAACAAUCUCAGGUGAACCUACAACAAUCAAAACCACCACAAGCACUACUAUUGAAUCUUCAGAAACCACCAUGCCGUCCACCAUUAGUGCAUUUACAUCAACAACAAUAACCAUGCCAACAACCACACCUAAUCAUACGUCAACAACCAUGGAAAACACUGCAUCCAUCACAACAAGCACUAAAGUUGAACCCACAACAAUAGCCAUGGUAACGACAACAGGUGCACAUAUGACAACUAAACCCACACCAACUCCUGUGUAUGAACUUACAACAACAGCAAUGGCAACCAACACAACAAAAUCUGCAUCAAUAACCUUGGCAAACACGAAAGCUUCUACAACAACUAAAACAACAACCAUGGAAACCAGCACAAGUGCAUCUACGGAAACAAAAAACACCACAGUCACCUUGGAAACCACAGGAACAACAAUGGCAAACACCAUGCCUGUCACAACCACAGAUGUUAAACCUAGAACAGCCCUAACAACCACCACAGUUGAACCCACGGUAAUAACAGCCAACGUAACCACUACAGGUGAACCUACAGCAACAAACAAUACUGUGACCACUGUAGUUGCAUCUCCAACAACAACAACAACAAACAUGCCAGUCACCACAGCCAACCCAAUGUCAGCAACUGCCAUGGUUAAAACCACACCUGUGUCAACAAGAACCACAGCAGCCAGUACAGUUGAAUCCAGAACCACAACAGGCAAGGUAACUACCACAAGUGCAGCUACAGCAACAACCAUGGCAAGUACUACAACUGGAGAAACUGCAAGAACCAUCACAACUUCCACUGUUGAACCCACAGAAACAAUAACUAGAGGAACAAUCUCAGGUGAACCUGCAACAAUCAAAACCACCACAAGCACUACUAUUGAAUCUUCAGAAACCACCAUGCCGUCCACCAUUAGUGCAUUUACAUCAACAACAAUAACCAUGCCAACAACCACACCUAAUCAUACGUCAACAACCAUGGAAAACACUGCAUCCAUCACAACAAGCACUAAAGUUGAACCCACAACAAUAGCCAUGGUAACGACAACAGGUGCACAUAUGACAACUAAACCCACACCAACUGCUGUGUAUGAACCUACAACAACAGCAAUGGCAACCAACACAACAAAAUCUGCAUCAACAACCUUGGCAAACACGAAAGCUUCUACAACAACUAAAACAACAACCAUGGAAACCAGCACAAGUGCAUCUACGGAAACAAAAAACACCACAAUCACCUUGGAAACCACAGGAACAACAAUGGCAAACACCAUGCCUGUCACAACCACAGAUGUUAAACCUAGAACAGCCCUAACAACCACCACAGUUGAACCCACGGUAAUAACAGCCAACGUAACCACUACAGGUGAACCUACAGCAACAAACAAUACUGUGACCACUGUAGUUGCAUCUCCAACAACAACAACAACAAACAUGCCAGUCACCACAGCCAACCCAAUGUCAGCAACUGCCAUGGUUAAAACCACACCUGAGUCAACAAGAACCACAGCAGCCAGUACAGUUGAAUCCAGAACCACAACAGGCAAGGUAACUACCACAAGUGCAGCUACGGCAACAACCAUGGCAAGUACUACAACUGGGGAAACUGCAAGAACCAUCACAACUUCCACUGUUGAACCCACAGAAACAAUAACUAGAGGAACAAUCUCAGGUGAACCUACAACAAUCAAAACCACCACAAGCACUACUAUUGAAUCUUCAGAAACCACCAUGCCGUCCACCAUUAGUGCAUUUACAUCAACAACAAUAACCAUGCCAACAACCAGACCUAAUCAUACGUCAACAACCAUGGAAAACACUGCAUCCAUCACAACAAGCACUAAAGUUGAACCCACAACAAUAGCCAUGGUAACGACAACAGGUGCACAUAUGACAACUAAACCCACACCAACCCCUGUGUCUGAACCUACAACAACAGCAAUGGCAACCAACACAACAAAAUCUGCAUCAACAACCUUGGCAAACACAAAAGCUUCUACAACAACUAAAACAACAACCAUGGAAACCAGCACAAGUGCAUCUACGGAAACAAAAAACACCACAGUCACCUUGGAAACCACAGGAACAACAAUGACAAACACCAUGCCUGUCACAACCACAGAUGUUAAACCUAGAACAGCCCUAACAACCACCACAGUUGAACCCACGGUAAUAACAGCCAACGUAACCACUACAGGUGAACCUACAGCAACAAACAAUACUGUGACCACUGUAGUUGCAUCUCCAACAACAACAACAACAAACAUGCCAGUCACCACAGCCAACCCAAUGUCAGCAACUGCCAUGGUUAAAACCACACCUGUGUCAACAAGAACCACAGCAGCCAGUACAGUUGAAUCCAGAACCACAACAGGCAAGGUAACUACCACAAGUGCAGCUACAGCAACAACCAUGGCAAGUACUACAACUGGAGAAACUGCAAGAACCAUCACAACUUCCACUGUUGAACCCACAGAAACAAUAACUAGAGGAACAAUCUCAGGUGAACCUGCAACAAUCAAAACCACCACAAGCACUACUAUUGAAUCUUCAGAAACCACCAUGCCGUCCACCAUUAGUGCAUUUACAUCAACAACAAUAACCAUGCCAACAACCACACCUAAUCAUACGUCAACAACCAUGGAAAACACUGCAUCCAUCACAACAAGCACUAAAGUUGAACCCACAACAAUAGCCAUGGUAACGACAACAGGUGCACAUAUGACAACUAAACCCACACCAACUGCUGUGUAUGAACCUACAACAACAGCAAUGGCAACCAACACAACAAAAUCUGCAUCAACAACCUUGGCAAACACGAAAGCUUCUACAACAACUAAAACAACAACCAUGGAAACCAGCACAAGUGCAUCUACGGAAACAAAAAACACCACAAUCACCUUGGAAACCACAGGAACAACAAUGGCAAACACCAUGCCUGUCACAACCACAGAUGUUAAACCUAGAACAGCCCUAACAACCACCACAGUUGAACCCACGGUAAUAACAGCCAACGUAACCACUACAGGUGAACCUACAGCAACAAACAAUACUGUGACCACUGUAGUUGCAUCUCCAACAACAACAACAACAAACAUGCCAGUCACCACAGCCAACCCAAUGUCAGCAACUGCCAUGGUUAAAACCACACCUGUGUCACCAAGAACCACAGCAGCCAGUACAGUUGAAUCCAGAACCACAACAGGCAAGGUAACUACCACAAGUGCAGCUACAGCAACAACCAUGGCAAGUACUACAACUGGGGAAACUGCAAGAACCAUCACAACUUCCACUGUUGAACCCACAGAAACAAUAACUAGAGGAACAAUCUCAGGUGAACCUACAACAAUCAAAACCACCACAAGCACUACUAUUGAAUCUUCAGAAACCACCAUGCCGUCCACCAUUAGUGCAUUUACAUCAACAACAAUAACCAUGCCAACAACCAGACCUAAUCAUACGUCAACAACCAUGGAAAACACUGCAUCCAUCACAACAAGCACUAAAGUUGAACCCACAACAAUAGCCAUGGUAACGACAACAGGUGCACAUAUGACAACUAAACCCACACCAACUGCUGUGUAUGAACCUACAACAACAGCAAUGGCAACCAACACAACAAAAUCUGCAUCAACAACCUUGGCAAACACGAAAGCUUCUACAACUAAAACAACAACCAUGGAAACCAGCACAAGUGCAUCUACGGAAACAAAAAACACCACAAUCACCUUGGAAACCACAGGAACAACAAUGGCAAACACCAUGCCUGUCACAACCACAGAUGUUAAACCUAGAACAGCCCUAACAACCACCACAGUUGAACCCACGGUAAUAACAGCCAACGUAACCACUACAGGUGAACCUACAGCAACAAACAAUACUGUGACCACUGUAGUUGCAUCUCCAACAACAACAACAACAAACAUGCCAGUCACCACAGCCAACCCAAUGUCAGCAACUGCCAUGGUUAAAACCACACCUGAGUCAACAAGAACCACAGCAGCCAGUACAGUUGAAUCCAGAACCACAACAGGCAAGGUAACUACCACAAGUGCAGCUACGGCAACAACCAUGGCAAGUACUACAACUGGGGAAACUGCAAGAACCAUCACAACUUCCACUGUUGAACCCACAGAAACAAUAACUAGAGGAACAAUCUCAGGUGAACCUACAACAAUCAAAACCACCACAAGCACUACUAUUGAAUCUUCAGAAACCACCAUGCCGUCCACCAUUAGUGCAUUUACAUCAACAACAAUAACCAUGCCAACAACCACACCUAAUCAUACGUCAACAACCAUGGAAAACACUGCAUCCAUCACAACAAGCACUAAAGUUGAACCCACAACAAUAGCCAUGGUAACGACAACAGGUGCACAUAUGACAACUAAACCCACACCAACCCCUGUGUCUGAACCUACAACAACAGCAAUGGCAACCAACACAACAAAAUCUGCAUCAACAACCUUGGCAAACACAAAAGCUUCUACAACAACUAAAACAACAACCAUGGAAACCAGCACAAGUGCAUCUACGGAAACAAAAAACACCACAGUCACCUUGGAAACCACAGGAACAACAAUGACAAACACCAUGCCUGUCACAACCACAGAUGUUAAACCUAGAACAGCCCUAACAACCACCACAGUUGAACCCACGGUAAUAACAGCCAACGUAACCACUACAGGUGAACCUACAGCAACAAACAAUACUGUGACCACUGUAGUUGCAUCUCCAACAACAACAACAACAAACAUGCCAGUCACCACAGCCAACCCAAUGUCAGCAACUGCCAUGGUUAAAACCACACCUGUGUCAACAAGAACCACAGCAGCCAGUACAGUUGAAUCCAGAACCACAACAGGCAAGGUAACUACCACAAGUGCAGCUACAGAAACAACCAUGGCAAGUACUACAACUGGGGAAACUGCAAGAACCAUCACAACUUCCACUGUUGAACCCACAGAAACAAUAACUAGAGGAACCAUCUCAGGUGAACCUACAACAAUCAAAACCACCACAAGCACUACUAUUGAAUCUUCAGAAACCACCAUGCCGUCCACCAUUAGUGCAUUUACAUCAACAACAAUAACCGUGCCAACAACCACACCUAAUCAUACGUCAACAACUAUGGAAAACACUGCAUCCAUCACAACAAGCACUAAAGUUGAACCCACAACAAUAGCUAUGGUAACGACAACAGGUGCACAUAUGACAACUAAACCCACACCAACCCCUGUGUAUGAACCUACAACAACAGCAAUGGCAAACAACACAACAAAAUCUGCAUCAACAACCUUGGCAAACACAAAAGCUUCUACAACAACUAAAACAACAACCAUGGAAACCAGCACAAGUGCAUCUACGGAAACAAAAAACACCACAGUCACCUUGGAAACCACAGGAACAACAAUGACAAACACCAUGCCUGUCACAACCACAGAUGUUAAACCUAGAACAGCCCUAACAACCACCACAGUUGAACCCACGGUAAUAACAGCCAACGUAACCACUACAGGUGAACCUACAGCAACAAACAAUACUGUGACCACUGUAGUUGCAUCUCCAACAACAACAACAACAAACAUGCCAGUCACCACAGCCAACCCAAUGUCAGCAACCGCCAUGGUUAAAACCACACCUGUGUCAACAAGAACCACAGCAGCCAGUACAGUUGAAUCCAGAACCACAACAGGCAAGGUAACUACCACAAGUGCAGCUACAGAAACAACCAUGGCAAGUACUACAACUGGGGAAACUGCAAGAACCAUCACAACUUCCACUGUUGAACCCACAGAAACAAUAACUAGAGGAACCAUCUCAGGUGAACCUACAACAAUCAAAACCACCACAAGCACUACUAUUGAAUCUUCAGAAACCACCAUGCCGUCCACCAUUAGUGCAUUUACAUCAACAACAAUAACCGUGCCAACAACCACACCUAAUCAUACGUCAACAACUAUGGAAAACACUGCAUCCAUCACAACAAGCACUAAAGUUGAACCCACAACAAUAGCUAUGGUAACGACAACAGGUGCACAUAUGACAACUAAACCCACACCAACCCCUGUGUAUGAACCUACAACAACAGCAAUGGCAAACAACACAACAAAAUCUGCAUCAACAACCUUGGCAAACACAAAAGCUUCUACAACAACUAAAACAACAACCAUGGAAACCAGCACAAGUGCAUCUACGGAAACAAAAAACACCACAGUCACCUUGGAAACCACAGGAACAACAAUGACAAACACCAUGCCUGUCACAACCACAGAUGUUAAACCUAGAACAGCCCUAACAACCACCACAGUUGAACCCACGGUAAUAACAGCCAACGUAACCACUACAGGUGAACCUACAGCAACAAACAAUACUGUGACCACUGUAGUUGCAUCUCCAACAACAACAACAACAAACAUGCCAGUCACCACAGCCAACCCAAUGUCAGCAACUGCCAUGGUUAAAACCACACCUGUGUCAACAAGAACCACAGCAGCCAGUACAGUUGAAUCCAGAACCACAACAGGCAAGGUAACUACCACAAGUGCAGCUACAGAAACAACCAUGGCAAGUACUACAACUGGGGAAACUGCAAGAACCAUCACAACUUCCACUGUUGAACCCACAGAAACAAUAACUAGAGGAACCAUCUCAGGUGAACCUACAACAAUCAAAACCACCACAAGCACUACUAUUGAAUCUUCAGAAACCACCAUGCCGUCCACCAUUAGUGCAUUUACAUCAACAACAAUAACCGUGCCAACAACCACACCUAAUCAUACGUCAACAACUAUGAAAAACACUGCAUCCAUCACAACAAGCACUAAAGUUGAACCCACAACAAUAGUUAUGGUAACGACAACAGGUGCACAUAUGACAACUAAACCCACACCAACCCCUGUGUAUGAACCUACAACAACAGCAAUGGCAAACAACACAACAAAAUCUGCAUCAACAACCUUGGCAAACACAAAAGCUUCUACAACAACUAAAACAACAACCAUGGAAACCAGCACAAGUGCAUCUACGGAAACAAAAAACACCACAGUCACCUUGGAAACCACAGGAACAACAAUGACAAACACCAUGCCUGUCACAACCACAGAUGUUAAACCUAGAACAGCCCUAACAACCACCACAGUUGAACCCACGGUAAUAACAGCCAACAUAACCACUACAGGUGAACCUACAGCAACAAACAAUACUGUGACCACUGUAGUUGCAUCUCCAACAACAACAACAACAAACAUGCCAGUCACCACAGCAAACCCAAUGUCAGCAACUGCCAUGGUUAAAACCACACCUGUGUCAACAAGAACCACAGCAGCCAGUACAGUUGAAUCCAGAACCACAACAGGCAAGGUAACUACCACAAGUGCAGCUACAGAAACAACCAUGGCAAGUACUACAACUGGGGAAACUGCAAGAACCAUCACAACUUCCACUGUUGAACCCACAGAAACAAUAACUAGAGGAACCAUCUCAGGUGAACCUACAACAAUCAAAACCACCACAAGCACUACUAUUGAAUCUUCAGAAACCACCAUGCCGUCCACCAUUAGUGCAUUUACAUCAACAACAAUAACCGUGCCAACAACCACACCUAAUCAUACGUCAACAACUAUGGAAAACACUGCAUCCAUCACAACAAGCACUAAAGUUGAACCCACAACAAUAGCCAUGGUAACGACAACAGGUGCACAUAUGACAACUAAACCCACACCAACCCCUGUGUAUGAACCUACAAUAACAGCAAUGGCAAACAACACAACAAAAUCUGCAUCAACAACCUUGGCAAACACAAAAGCUUCUACAACAACUAAAACAACAACCAUGGAAACCAGCACAAGUGCAUCUACGGAAACAAAAAACACCACAGUCACCUUGGAAACCACAGGAACAACAAUGACAAACACCAUGCCUGUCACAACCACAGAUGUUAAACCUAGAACAGCCCUAACAACCACCACAGUUGAACCCACGGUAAUAACAGCCAACAUAACCACUACAGGUGAACCUACAGCAACAAACAAUACUGUGAUCACUGUAGUUGCAUAUACAACAACAACAACAAACAUGCCAGUCACCACAGCCAACCCAAUGUCAGCAACCACCAUGGUUAAAACCACACCUGUGUCAACAAGAACCACAGCAGCCAGUACAGUUGAAUCCAGAACCACAACAGGCAAGGUAACUACCACAAGUGCAGCUACAGCAACAACCAUGGCAAGUACUACAACUGGGGAAACGGCAAGAACCAUCACAACUUCCACUGUUGAACCCACAGAAACAAUAACUAGAGGAACCAUCUCAGGUGAACCUACAACAAUCAAAACCACCACAAGCACUACGAUUGAACCUUCAGUAACAAUCAUGCCGUCCACCAUUAGUGCACCAACAUCAACAAGAACAACCAUGCCAACAGCCACACCUAAUCAUACGUCAACAACCAUGAAAAACACUGCAUCCAUCAAAACAAGCACUAAAGUUGAACCCACCAACCAACAGGCCAACAGACCAACAGGUGCACACAUGACAACCAAACCCACCACCACUGUGCUUGAACCUACAACAAAAGCUUCUACAACAACUAAAACAACAACCAAGGAAACCAUCACAAGUGCACCAACAACAAUCACAACUGCAACCACUUCAGCUGGCGCCUUGGGGACCAGUGCCACCUUGCUACGUUUCAUGCUACCCAUAAUUCCUCUUCUGUUAUGGCCAGGGAUCUGAAGAUUUGAGCUGAGGAUGCAGGGAGAUUUUU